AUGGCCGAUCGCCGCACGAAAAUCCGCAUCGACAAUGAGGAGAGUUGCUGCAGCUACGGAAUUGGAAGACAUGGGAGCUAUGACAUACGCGAGACAAAGCGGAACAGAGACACCUUCCGUUGCAACAGCGAAGGGAAAGGAAAUCUGUUGGUACUGCAACUCUGGAAGAUCAAGACGGCACAUACUUACAGGGAAGGUUGCCAAAAGUACAUCAGGGGAGCCACAAGACUGGAGAUGAUACAGGCGGCCAGAGGAGGGAAGGCUGGGCGCAAGAGAUUGCUGGAGAAACUAGGGCAACCAGGAACACAACCUCCUCAAGCAGAACUUCGACGAGAUCAGGCCAACAAGGAAAAGACAAGAAUAAAGAAGAAGGAAGAGGCAACCUCAUCAGAGACAAGUUCGACUAUGGCCGGAGGAGAGACGUCUACACAAAAGGUUGGAAACAAGAAGAGGCCUAGGAAACCACUUCCUGGGAGUCCAAUGGAAGAGGAAUUAAGCCCCGACAUGGUGGCAGUCAUACUGGGAGAAGUCAAGGAGAGAGAAAAAAGACCGAGGAAGCAGCAGCUGACAGCUACCCGACCCAAGGAGACGACUGCAGACCAACCGCCAGUGAAAGCCAGAGUGCCACCGCCGGAGUCGGCGAGAGUUUCGGAAGAACUCCUGAGGCAAAGGACAGAAGAAAACCGGCGGCGGGAACAAAGGUUGGAGUGGCAAAACUGGGAGAACGCGGCAAAGAAGUAUAUCAAACAAAGAGAACAGCUUCAGGAAAGGCGUGAGACAAAUGAGAUGGAAGGUCAAGUCGAGGACAAGAUGGAAGUUGGGAAAGAAGACAAGCCAACGGUUGAAAAUGACCAGGAAGCAAACCGACAAAGCCAACCCUUAACACCUCUGAUCCCGCGAGACGAGUCCCCCAUAGGUGAUGGGAGUGCCACGGAAGACCUGGAAGCAGAGGAAGAAGAACACGGCCGUGGGGAAGAACCGCAACAACAAGAAGCAAGCGGCUCGGAGAACUGGCACAAGAAUACAAGACUAGCAGAGCCGAGAAUGCCGAAAAAGCGGGAGCUCACAGGAGAAGAGGUCCAGCUGAAGCUAGACCAACUUGCGUAUCUGACGAUGUGGAUGCAGCAGAGUACAGAAAGAAGACAGGCCUGGGAGAGGGAAUAUCCUAAUCAAGACAAGGAUACCAUCAGCCUGGCCAAGAAAAUGCAGCAGAUGGACAUGCAACUUGGCGACGGAGCAGACACCGGAGACGCCUCAGUGCAGGAAGUAAUCUGGAAAAGGACCUAUCCACUUAAGAUGGAAGGGAAUUGGCAUACCGAGACCAUUACCGACAUUGUUAGGCUGAUGGAUGGGGAGAAGAGACUCACGGGGCGUUUGAUGGAUCGCACUGCAUCGGCCGAGAUCGGUCCUCAGUGGGAACUGAUGUCCACGGGGAGCACGUCCAGCCCCAUUUCUGGGGCAGGAAACAUGGGCGUGAAGGCUGCGAAAGCUUUGCUCGGUGCCCAGCCCAAAGACGCGUCUGUGGGGCUUGGCGAGGUCGUGGCCAGUACUUGGGCACGCGAUUCUCACGACCUUUUCGACUUUGAAGCAAGUCAGCUGCAAACGCCAUCCUGCCACCGCGGGGAACCCAUGCUUCGCCUUGUCCAGCGAGAGGGUUGUUACUGGGUGGACAAGGUAGCUGCAGCCAGCAACAGCUCCAAAAAGCUGUGGGUAGUAGUCCGUGAUCUGGCAACUUCUGGGCACAAGCUGUCUGAAAGCGACGUGAUCAAGCUUGGCCGCUUCAAGUUCAAAGUUCGACAGAUGGUGGCGUCCGAGUCCUCACCAGUGCAGCCGGAGCUGCAUUUGGAUGACUCGUCAGGGUCCACAUGCGACAUAGAGUCGGACCAUGAGACCCGCUUGGCGUCAACGUCUUGCCGCAUUUGUUUGCUGGAGGGCUCCUCCGAAGACGACCCUUUGAUCAGGCCUUGUCACUGCAGAGGAACGAUUGAGUACGUCCAUUUGGGCUGUCUCCGCCACUGGGUCAAGGGACGUCUGAACAUCGCGGAUACACCAGAAGGCUCAUACUUCUAUCGGCCUUUGCCGUGCGAAUUGUGCAAGGCCUCGUAUCCCGCUACGGUCACAAAGGGAGAGGAUAAGAUGCCUCUUGUAGAAGUCCCGAAGACAAAGCCACCCUUCAUUGUCCUUGAAAACAUGAUGCGUGACGCGCAGCAGCAUAGCAGCCGCGGCUUGCACGUGGUGUCUCUGGCAGAGAACAAAGUCCUGAAGCUUGGGAGAGGCCACGAAAGCAAUGUGCGCAUUGCGGAUGUGUCAAUCUCGCGCUGUCAUGCAAUAAUUCGAUAUCAGAAAGGCAGUUUCGUCCUGGAAGAUCACAAUUCCAAAUUCGGUACUCUUGUGGCGAUGAAGAAGCCACGCCCGCUUGAUCAUAGCAGCGCUAUUUCUAUUCAAGUUGGGCGCACUGUUCUCUCGCUGUCUUUGCAAUCGGAGACCCCCGGACCGGUCAACAGCCCGGCAACAACGGAGGAAGAGACUCCAAUGCGGCAGCUGUGA